UAUUAAAAUGGCGACAGUGUGCAGUUUGAGAAGAAAAUUAAACGGGAAAAUAUUAAUAUUAACAAUCAGGAAGCAAUAAAAACUACAUUAGUAUCUGUUUUUAUAUACUUCAUUCGUUGAAGCAUAAUUUGCAAUCAUGGAAGUGGACGAAGAGCACGUCCAAACUCUUCUGAGUAUGGGUUUUCCCAGCGAACUUGACAUCAGAAAAGCAUUAAGAUUGUCUAAAAACAGUUUGAAUGAUGCUGUUGCAAUACUAACAAAUGAUCACCCGACUACGUCCUUUGAUACUCUCGAAGACAUAGAGAUGGAAGACAUCGUAAAAGGUUCUACGACCCCAGUCUAUGGCCCAAACCUGCCCACAACGUUCAGUGAUGAAAUGGAAACUGAGAAACAAGUCACAGAAGCCAUGGAAGAUGCUACAGAAACUCCGCAAGAAGAAGUCAACCCAUAUGAAUUUCCUGUCACCAAUUUGUACGAGCUGGAGGGCCGUGUCUUUGCUGAACACUGGUCAAUACCGUAUAAGAAAGAGGAAUCACUUGGAAAAUGUUUAAUUUCCGCUGCGAACUUAGCUGAAGCAGGACUGAUGGACAAUGAUGAAAACUGUACACGGUUUGUGGAAAGAGUGAUGACAGAGUCAUUUCAGAAGCUGUUGACGUCCAAUGCGGUUCACCGUUGGAGCACAGACAUUCAGGAGGGUAUCUACAACAUGUUGCAGCUACUUGUGGAUCUAGUGGCAGCCAGGUUACAGCACAUGCCAGUCCAUUUGACCCUCAUGGAUGUCUUGGCUAUGGCCUUAAAUCCGGACUGUGAGUUCCAGUACAAAAAUAAGAGUCGUCGAGAUCGUACAGCCUGGGAGGAGAAGCUAGAGGAUGGGGUUUUGUACACUGCUGCACCUGCAAACCGGACAGACCAACUGUAUGGCUGGCUGACGGGGCUUGUUAACCGGUUUGCCAUGAAGGGUGGCUUUGAACACAUCAGACGGAUUUUGGAGUCUGAUGAUCUCGAUGCACCAUCUAUAGCAGCCUUGAUGAAGCCACUAGGCAUGUGUUCAGAAUAUCUGAAUGUGGAGUUAGUCCGUAAGAUCCUAACUAUGGGAAUGGAGAAAUCCAUCAACUAUGUAAAGAAUCUGGAAGAGAAAGACUUUAAAGAGAAGAAAGUAGGAAGCGUGUCUGAUCUCCUGACCUCCAUGAAACUUCUCUGUAUACACAUAUGGCCAACGGACACUGUGAGCCUUGACAAUCUACGCCUAGACGUGGCCCUUCGAAUGCUCAAGUCACCACACUUCAAUGCUAAGAUGAACUCGCUGAAGGAGGUUGCCAAACUGAUUGAGGAUGCAACCAGUGUUAAAAAUUCUCGAACCAAGAGUCCUAUACCAGUAGAAACCAUUCAAGCGUGGCUGCUGGAGAAUCGAGUGCUAUCAAUAGCAUUGGAAGGCAACAUUGACCAGGCUCAGUACUGUGACAAGAUCAAAGGCAUUGUGGACUUUCUGGGCACAGACCUGUCCUCCGACGAGCUUACCAGUAUCUGGAAAAUGCAGUUUUGUCAGACAAACAACGUUAUUGACAACAUCCACUCUAUAAUUGCUGCUGCAGCUGUGAAAUUCGACUCAAACCAGUUGGAGCAUCUUGUACUUCUUAUUCAAAAGAAAUGGCAAGAAGAGAACGAUAAAUCCCGAGAAAAGCUGCUCAACUUGAUUGGGAAAAUCGGCAGAGAUGCAAAAAUACCAAAGACAACUAAUCAGGUACUACAGUUGCUAUGGGACCUGUCACACCUGCCCGCCCUCUCCACUCACCUGAUAGAACUGGCCAUGGAGGAGCACCUUGCCAUACUCAACGACUCAUACACAGUCAAGGACCAGGUGAAGAGGAACUACCUCUCCAAAUGUGUGGACGAUAUCAAAAAGGGUGUGUGUGUCCUGCCCACGUUGAAGCAGCUACACCAGCUUAGCAAGAACAUCCUGAAGCACAGUCACAAGCAGGACAAGGGCAUCCUUCCUGACCUGAACAAGAACUUUGACAUCAUCAAGCUAGUGACCCAGAGCCUUGUGAAGUGCCACAAGCAGGCUCUCAUGAGCUGCGGGGACGGGCAGCUGGAACAGACCACCCUUGUGGACGCCCGCUACCCACACUCGGAGUAUGUGAGUUCUCACCUGUCGUUCCUGCAAUACGUGCUACAAGACGGUGUGCUGUACCUGCCAUGGAACCGAGCCAGGGAGAUAUGGUCAACACUGGUCGCCGCCCCUGAGGCAUGCAGUUGGGACAGGGAGACUUGUUACGAGUGGUUCAGCAAGGGCCUCAUGGAUCUCGACAAUGAGACGCAGGCAAAACUCUUCACCAAUGAACUACUCAAAAUGGACAUCUCCAAGCUGUCGGAAAAUGGUUUUGAGUGCUUUAGGACGUUCUUUGAGAGUGUGAACAAAAACGACCAUCGCCUGAAGAAGGAGGGGGGUGGGGGUCAGGUGAUUGUGGAGAAGACGGACCUUCUGGGCCUGGACUUCCUGUGGCAGCUAUGCCUUAACACGCCCGACGAGACCAUCGCCAGCUUGGCCAUACAGCUGCUGCUCAAUGUGUCUUAUACAAACCUGGCAUCACGCCUGAAAAAGGAUGCAAUCAAUCUCCAUAAGAAGUUCAUCCAUGAAUGCAAAACACGAUUAGAGUUGUCGAUGAUAGGUGUGAGUGGCAGCACUGUGUCCCAGGCUAUAUCCAGUGCGACCCGUACCCUGACAGCACCCACCGUCCCAGAGGUGGCAACAGUGGCCAUCCCAUCUAAGUCCAUCAAGCUUCUGAACAUAGAGCGUCUGCUCUGGAUUGCGGAGAUGUACGUACUGAGCGUGGAGGAGAUGCACACUGGGGCCCGCACCAUUCUCCCGCACGGCGCCUCCUUCCAGGGAUACCAGAUCAAUCUAUAUGUCACGUGUGAGGCUCCUAAACAGGAGUUUGUGCUGGUGUGCCAUAGCAACGAAAGUCUUGGUAACGUGCGGUGUAAGAUAGCAAACAGGUUGCGGCAGAUGCAAGAUAACAUACAGGUUGUAGCCCAGGAAAAGAUGGCUUCAACUGUUCUGGGAACCAACAAGGAUCAGAAGCUCCUCCACCAGCUGGAGUUUGAGGACAAUCAGGCCGUCCAGGUCAGGAUGGUCACUCCAUCCACAACCACGUCCAGUUCUCAGGUCAAAGAGGUGCAAGAAACUCUCAAGCCUGAUCAGACGCCAGGCACGCCAAUAUCAAAGCAGACAUUUGACCUGGAGCAGGAGAAGAUGUUGCCGGGGGUGAUCAUGGCAUCCGGUGGGCAGGUGUUCGACAUGCUCUAUCAGCUCUCCGAGCUCGACGAAACAAAAAUAACAACCCGAGUACGAAAGCUCCUGAUGUUGAUCCCCACUGACCCAGCGGUGAUCGAUGCUUUGGAUUCCAUGUCUACCCGGUUACCUACCCUUGGCUCCACAGAUGAUCUCAGUCCGCGCUCUAGUCCACGCAAACCCAACGCUGCCAGUCCGCGUGCGAGCCCACAGGAGACCCUCAAGGCCCUGUUUGACUGCGCCUCACCAGACAUGUCUGCUUUUAGGGUCCUGUACAACCUUGAGGUUUUGAGUAGUAAGCUGAUGCCGACAGUACAGGAUAUGGUGUCCAAGACGAGUUCGCAGGCGUUCUUCGAGGACUUCCUGUCUGCUGGGGGCCUCUCCAUGGUGGUCAGUGUCCUGCAGCCCGAGUCCCUCAGCCAGGACAUCCACUACUCCACGCGCCAGGGCUGCUACUCAGUGUGUCUGCAGCUAGCCAGGUACUUGCUGUGUGGUCAGACAGUGACUGGAGACCUGGCCUUCACCCCGGCCAAGGAGGACCACAGACUCUCCAGUGUUGGGUCAGCUACCGGGGCCACUGUGGUCCCUGCCACCCCACCCACGUCCGGUACCCCUACCAUUGUGUUUCCCCCGCUGGACACCAGGACUGCAGGGAGCCAAGCUGUACAGACAAUGGGUGUUCACGACUUCACAGAGACGGUGUCAUGUUUCAUGCGCGUGGCAUGGGCGGCGGCUGCAGGCAAGCUCCACCUCCUCAGCUCUCCCCAGCCAAUCAGAGAGAGUGCCACUGCAUACAGCUGUGGGAGGAGUCGACAGAGCAGCACUGGUUCUCAGGGCAGUACAAGCAGUGAGAGUGACAGCCAGAGCCUGCAUGGGGGGAUAUGCAUCAGGCAGAAGUUUAUCUCCACCAAGGACUGCAACAUCGCAAAGGAGGCCCUAGAGAUCCUAGUCACAUGCUUGCAGCUACGUAGCGAGCUCAUAGCCAAGUUCUACUCGCUGCCAUGUGUGAGUGACUUUAUCAUCGACAUUCUGGUGGGCUGCUCCCAGGGGGACAUUCGCACGGCUGCCAUGGACCAGUUCUAUCUGCUCAGCCAGACAGAGAUGUGCCAGCGAGAGAUGGCACGCGGCACCCAGACACCGCACCACUUCCUGUUGCACGUCCUUGUGCACGCUUACCUGCCCUUCUGGGUGUCAUCGUCUUCGACUCGUGGAGCCAGCCAAAGACUACUGUGCCAAUGUUCCCAGUACUUUGAACUUCGAUGCAAACUCACGCAGAACCUCUCCAGCUUGGAACAGACUCAGUUCCAAUUGAAUGUACCACGCAUGCUUGAAGAUGAGGUGGGAUGGCUCGCUAACUUUGUGCCGACAGAUCACCUGGAGCUGAAAACGGCUGACAAUAUGUUGCUGGCAGGACAUCUGAAGCUGAUCCGCACCCUGUUCACGUGUGAAGACAUCAGCAAAGAGGAAUAUGGUAAAACCCUGGUACACGAUCUGCUACAUGACUUCCUGUUCCCUGCCUCCAAGACCAUGAUGGACAGCAUGAACGGGCGCACAACAGACGUCCUGCUGUCAGAGUUCAAUCCCAAGUGCAAUAACACGGAGUCUCGUGUGGCCGCCUAUGAGUUGCUCACGGAGCUGGUGAACGGUUCCCUUGACAACCUGCGCAAUGUGUGCAGUCAGCUUGUGGAGAUGCACCACAGGCCCAACCUGGACUGUGCCAACGAGUGGGAGUACCUGCCGCCUGUGGAUGGCAGGGCAGAAUGUGGCUUCGUGGGCCUGCGUAACGGGGGAGCCACGUGCUACAUGAACUCAGUAAUCCAGCAGCUGUACAUGGUGCCCGGCAUACCUGAGGCUGUACUGAGUGUAGAGGAGGAGGACCGGGUGGAUGAGGACAGUGUGUACUACCAGAUACAGCAGGUAUUUGGCCACCUUAUGGACAGUCGGUUACAGUACCACGAGCCUGAGAAGUUCUGGAAGGUGUUCAAGCUGUGGGGAGACCCUGUAAACAUCCGAGAGCAGCAAGACGCCUUUGACUUCUUCCAGGCACUCAUUGACCAGAUUGACGAACAGCUGAAGAAAUCCAAAAAGGAGGAAGUAUUCAAAAAGAAGUUUCAGGGCAUUUUUACAGACCAGAAAAUCUGCAAGGAUUGUCCUCAUAGGUAUGAACGUGAGGAGAUGUUCACAGCUCUCAACCUAACAGUGAAGAACGCCACCCUGCAGGACUCGCUUGACCAAUUUGUGAAGGGAGAGCUUCUAGAGGGAGAUAAUGCUUACUACUGUGAGAAAUGUGGAGAGAAGCGUAACACUAUUAAGCGAAUGUUCAUAAAAAACCUUCCACCCACACUGUGCAUUCACCUGAAGAGGUUCGGAUAUGACUGGGAAGCAAACAGAGCUCUGAAGUUUGAUGACUACUUCAAGUUUCCAUGGAUACUGGACAUGGAGCCCUACACGGCUGAAGGCAUGGCCCGGCGUGACGCCGCCUCGGAGGAGAUUGAAAGGGAACUAGAGGAUGCCUCCCAGCCCCUUACUGGGCCAGUAACAGCUGUUAGCGGGGUCACAUCAGACAUGGGGCCCACCAUAGAGGUCACCAUAUCUGUCCCUUCAGAGGCCACCCAGAUCAACUAUGAGCUUGUGGGAGUUGUUGUGCACAGUGGCCAGGCAAAUGCUGGACAUUAUUAUUCUUUUAUUAAGGACAGAAGGGGCACAGUAAUGAAUAAUUCUAACAAAGGGAAGUGGUUUAAGUUUAAUGACACCAUUGUCGAGGAGUUUGAAAUGACGGACAUUUCUCUUGAAGCAGAGUGCUUUGGGGGCACUUACAAGGCAAAGGUCUACGAUCAGUCCAACUCCUACCCAGAAGACAGACAGCGGUACUGGAAUGGCUACAUGCUGUUCUAUGAACGUAUGGAUGACAACAAGACAGCACUGUCUGCUAAGAAGAGCAAGAUCGUCACCAAAAAACUGUGGCCAGAUGGGAUGAUACGUGGGAGCCGAAGCUCUGACAGUUUUGUAGAGCUGACAGAGCUGGUCCACAAGGGGGAGAGGAAGGGUAUCUUCAUGGACAAGAUGCCGGUCAGCAUACAGCGCAUGAUUCACAGUGAGAACCUUACCUUCGUCAAGAACCGAGAUGUCUACAAUCAGGAGUACUUUAGAUUUGUGAAGAACCUAGUGGCCAGGAACACGGCGCGGGUAGGGCACGGCCAAUAUAGUGAGAUGUGUAUGGCCUCCCUGCAGCUCACUGUCAAGUUCCUCUUCAAUCUCUAUUUCCGCACGCAGAAAAAAACAGUGGAAGACCUGGAGGAGUGGGUGGUAGUGAUAGAUGAGUUGGUACACCGAUGCAAGCAGGCCUGUCAGUGGAUGAUAGAGUACCUGGCCAGUGAGGAGGGGGCAAGCUUCAUCAGGCCUUUCUUGUUGGACUGUCCCAACAAAGAUGUGAGGAUGUCUCUCGCCAAGAUCCUAGAGAAGACACUGUGCUGCUACCUGGGGGAGCAUAGUGGAGUGCCUACGGAGGAGUCCAUGAACAACAUAAUGGAAGGAAUGCUGCAGAUGCUCACCAGGGACGUUGUAGACCAGUGUAAACAGAGCGUCCAAUACUUCUUUGUACUCAGCCAAUAUGUGCAAAUGGGCACCAAAGCAAUAUCCCACAUGUUCCUAAGGAACGGUUUCAAGCGGCUAGCCGUGUUUCUGCUGGGUCAUCCCUCAUCAAACGGUGACAGCGAGGCUGCCAUCAGUCGCCGAUGGAGCUCCGUCCAGUCAAGAGAGUUCGGCAAUCUUCAUGUGAUACUAGCCACGCUGAUACUGAACUGCAAUGUAGCUCCCUACAGGACUAUAGAACCCGGUGAUUCUAAACCCUACAAACCAAAGUGGGUGAAGUCGCCCAAAACGUACCUGAAGAUGUCCACAGACAUGGAGAAGUACGUGUUUGGGCCUGAGUCAACGCGCUACAUAAGAGAGGUUGUUCAGGCCAUCAGGGAGGUGUCCCAGCCCCUGGAUCUGGUCUAUGACAUGCUGUUCUACUGCAGCAGCUGCAAUGAACACUUCAGUACCACCCUGCUCAAACAGCUCAUGAUGCAGUAUAUGAACGCACCCUCCAAUGAGCUGAAGUCAGUGUUCAGUGUUCUCACAGACCUCCUGUGUAUGGAGGAUCCACUGCAGUUGAAACGUAUUCAGCUGGUUGUUGAUGGACAUGUUGAUGACCAUGGGCAGCAGUUUGAAGGACUUUUAGCUGUGAUCCGGCUGAACCAUGUGUUGGACAGUCGGCGGUCGUACUGGUGUAUCAAGUUCCUGGUGAACCUCGUCAACAAGUGCUCCCAGGUGAAGAAUUACCUGCAGCAGACCAAGUCCAAGUGGCAGUGGGCCGUCAACUGGCUCAAGAAAAAGAUGACUGAAUACAGCUACUGGAGUUCUACUACCUGUACGACAGUGUCAAAUGAAGAUUCCAACAGGAAAUCCUUCCAAAGAACAGUUAGCGCUCAGGACACCCUUGAAGAGGCUACAGCCUUGUUAACCGAGCUUGAGAAUUACGAUAUGGACGGCAACGGUAACCAAGUGGCCUUGACCCCCGACAGCGAUACCAUGGUAACGGAUGACACGAGCCCUAGCAACCAAUCAGACACUCACAUGUCCAGUAUCGAGGAGGAGAAGGUGCAGAAGUCAGAGGGAGAGAACUCAUGAGCAAAGGGGGAGCACUCAGGGAAAACUUAAUGGCACUUAAAGGGACAUAACUAAAGUCUCUGUGAAAGUUCUAAAUUCAUAAAUGUGAACAAGAUUUGGUGGUCCUUAAACGUUACCAGGCUGGAACUCAAAAAUUUUGUAAACUGCUUUUAGGCCCAGUAUUGUUGAUUUGUUUGCCUGGAUCUUCCACAGUUUUACUUCCUUUGUUCAAGGACUAUUAAAUUUUUACGGAGACUGUAAUGUCAAAGAAUGUUAAAGACUGUACAAGUGUGAAAAGCCUAAAUAAGUCAUGUGUUUGUUCAUCUUUUUAUAAAAUGGAAAAGUUGCUGUUGUGUGUUUGCAUUUUAAUGGAGGUGAUUAUGUUCAAUUCCAUGUACUUUCAAUAUAAUUUUCUUAAACACAUGUAUUAUAAAUUAAAAAAAAGCAAAACUAAAUAUGUAAUAAUAGUCAUAAACAUAGUUCAUUUUGUCUUAUCUAUUAUCAGAUACGUAUAAAGUUACCAUUUACUUGCUUUGUUGAUGCAAUUGAUAUUGAGUAAGUUUUCAAUAUAUAUGCACAUGAUAAAAUUAAAAAGGAUGAAUGUUCAAGGAAUCAUAACUUUUGCUAUGGAAUAAGUGCUAAUAUGUUGGAGAUUAAUCAUUGAUAAUAAAUGUGUAUGUACAUGUGAUGCUUCUAUUAGUUAUACAUGGCAAAAAUGUUAUGUUAUAGAGUAAUAAAAAAAUGUGAAUAUGCCUUAUUGUAAAAUAAUAUUAGUACAUUUAUAUGUGUCUUGUUCUGAGAAAACUGGGCUUAAUUCAUGUGCGUAAAGUGUCGUCCCAGAUUAGCCUGUGAAGUCCGCUUUAAUGGUAUUUUAAGUUUCAAGGAAGUCCCUCCUUACCGAAAAUCAAGUUUAGGCGGAAAGGGUCGUCCCUGAUUAGCCUGUGCGGACUGCACAGGCUAAUCUGGUACGACACUUUACGCACAUGUAUUAUGCCAAGUUUUAGCAGAACAAGACACAUAUAGAGGAUAAACUGCAAAAUCAUUCUUAUUCAUCUGACAUUUAUUUCCGUUGAUUUCGUGAGAAGAAUGCUCCAAUUAUUGAAAAUAUAGACAAACAAUUAUUACAAGAAAUCAACACAUGAACAUGUCCACUAAAUUAUAAUUUUUCGGCAAACCAAGAAAUUCAUUACAAAGAACAUAAAUGAAUUUGCAGCACAUACUAUGACUUUAGUAAUUGAAAUUGAUAUGACAGUUUGUUUGUUUUUUUCUAAAUAAAAAUAUGUUUUUUGAAAAGUAAAUGAAUGCAAUCAUGGUUCACAUAUUUGCAAAUAAAGCAUGAGAGUCAGGUUUUGUAACCAAACAUUUAAACAAGGGCAGCAAGCAGUGGUUGUUGUUAUUGUUUUAGUUGUAUUUGACCUGUCUUGUUAAGUGGUGCAUGUGACGCAUUUCACACUUCAUUUAAAACUGAAUAUAGCUGUUGUUGUUGUAUGGUAGCAGUGCACAUUUUCGUAUUUUCUAUAAAAUAUAUAGUUCUUGCUGAUGUUAAUGAGGUCUUUAAUUAGAUAAUUAUAAAAAAAGACCUGAAUUAGUGCUCAACAAUUCAGACAGUUCUUUUGUAAAGAGAAGAGCUUUGUACUUGCUAGUUAUGGCAUGAUGAAGAUUUAAAUUUUAAUUGUUUCUGUUACCAUAGCAACCACAAUUUUGGUCUUUAAAAAGGACACUGGGACAGACCUUGGGAAACCCUUAGUCGACAUUUACACUGGUAGAGGCAUAAUGAUGUAUGCCUGAAUACUGGCCCAAUUAUAACUUGUAUUGUAGCUGGUGAUGUAGAUAAUUAUUUAAAUGUAUAAAUUUGGGCACAUUUCUUCUAUUAAUCAUAAUUUAUUUAUUUAGACAGAUUUCUUUAAUUAAUUUCAAUUUAAAGCUAUUUAUUUUGACAGAUUUAGAAAAACACAAUCUAAAACUGCUUUUUCUGUGGACUGUUUGGGAAAUUGUAACAUGUGGUGUGUUUGGCUGAAACUGCAUCUUAUGUUAUACAAUUUAAGAUUGAAAUUGCAUAUUGAUUGUUAAAUCUUUACUAUGUAAUCUUUGCAGUAUUUGUUAUCAAAUUUGAGAUGGCAGCUUAAAAAUAGUGUAAUUGUACAACUUGUUUGAGUAGGAAUUGUAAGUAUGCAAUAGUUUAUAUAUUAUACACACAUACAUUCAUUUCUUACCUUCAGUAGAAAGCUAUAAUUAAGUGUGCAUGUAUAUUGUAGACAUAAGUAAAUAUGUAUAUUGAAGAAGUGCACAUGUGUAUUGUAGAAGGAAGUGUGCAUUUAUACUACAUAAGCGAUUGUGUAUGUAAAUUGUAAAUGUAAGGGUGCAUGUAUAUGAUACUGUUUGUUAUGGCUGUAUAUUGUAGAUGUAAGGGUGCAUGUAUAUGAUACUGUUUGUUAUGGCUGUAUAUUGUAGAUGUAAGGGUGCAUGUAUAUGAUACUGUUUGUUAUGGCUGUAUAUUGUAGAUGUAAGGGUGCAUGUAUAUGAUACUGUUUGUUAUGGCUGUUUAUUGUAUAUGUAAGGGUGCAUGUAUAUGAUACUGUUUGUUAUGGCUGUAUAUUGUAGAUGUAAGGGUGCAUGUAUAUGAUACUGUUUGUUAUGGCUGUAUAUUGUAGAUGUAAGGGUGCAUGUAUAUGAUACUGUUUGUUAUGGCUGUAUAUUGUAAAUGUAAGGGUGCAUGUAUAUGAUACUGUUUGUUAUGGCUGUAUAUUGUAGAUGUAAGGGUGCAUGUAUAUGAUACUGUUUGUUAUGGCUCAACUGACACACAUUGUUGACUUUUGUUUGUAACUGUUAUUGUUAUGACUUAUAUGCAGGAGGAAAUACACAUGUAUGUACAAAUGGAGAAAUAACUGAGCAAAUAUAUGAAAGCUUAGUUUCAA